GAAAAAUGAAGAAAGAAAGAAUCUGAGCUGGAAUCAGCACUUGCUCUUCUCCUUCCUUCCUCCUGCUUAUUCUUCUUCUUUCUGCUACUGCCGACCUUUUCACACUCUACUCUCUCUCUCUUAUCUGAUCUGAGAGUCUGAAAACACCCACCAUCCGCCAUUGAAAUAGCUUGAUUUUCUCUCUCACACACUCACACGCACACAAUGCCCGUACGGAUCACCUUCUUCCUCAUCUCCUUAUUCACAUGGACAGCCAGGGUCAUUGCGGCACAGAACCACCGACGAAUUCUUCAUCAGCCAUUUUUUCCGCAAGAUUCGAUCCCACCAUCUCAACCACCACCACCACCGUCUUCAUCCACACCUUCAGAUUCCUCCCCUUUCUUCCCCAACAUACAAUAUCCUCCUCCUCCGCCUUCACCGCCGUCGCCAGCCUCCUUCACAUCCUUUCCCGCUAACAUCUCAUCCCUUAUCCUUCCACAAUCGACCAAAUCUAAGCCAGUCUCAUCCACGCUCGUCGGUGUUGCCGUCGCACUCGCUCUCUCUGCUGUCAUCAUCAUCGUCAUUUCUCUCUUUCUCUACCUCCGUCGUCGCCGGAGGAGGCGAGAUGGAUUCAACGAUUCGAAGACUUCUCGGUCUGAAACUAGCAGCCGAUGUUAUUAUGUUAAUGCAACUGCUUCCGGCAACGGAAACGGUAACGUCAUUCCAAAGCCGAGGGUUUCGCCUCAUAAUAGCUCGGAGUUUCUGUAUCUUGGUACUCUUGUUAAUUCUCACGGCGGCGGCGGUGGUGGUGGUGGUGGAAUACGCGGCAGUGAAACGAACUUGAGGAAAUUAGAUUCCCCGGAGCUCCGACCUUUGCCGCCAUUAGGUGGGCAGGGAUUUAGGAAAGAUCAUGUGAAUACAGAGUUAGAUGAAGAAGAUGAAGAGUUCUACUCUCCUAGAGGAUCUCUAGGUGCGCGAGAAAGCUCGAUAGGUACUGGAUCGGCGUCGAGGAGAGCCUUCGCCGCUGUUAUGGUCGAGAAUCUCACCGGACGGAGCUGUGAAUCUAACUCUUCUUACUCGUCUUCUUCUUCAUCUUCUGAUUCGCCACUUAGGUCAGUUUCACUGAGCAUUUCUCCUCCGAUAAGUUUAAGUCCGAAAAGUAUGAGACCGAAAUCGCCGGAAUUAGCGGCGAUGCAGAAUGCUCCGGCACCACAGCCAGAGGAACCAGUUAUGAAUCAGUUUUCUGAUUUGCAGAGUUCUCCAUCACACUCACCGUCACCCCCUUCUUCAACCUCGCCGGAAAGAGCUUCUGAAAGAAGCCUACUUUCCUCUCGUAGAAUAUCAAAUGUAUCAAACCAAGAUGUGAAUUCUCCUGUGAGAACUGGUAGUACAUUCUCGAUCCCUCUACGCGGAAAUUCUAGGUCACCAUCUCUGUCACCAGAAAGAUCAGAGAUAAUAGCCCAAGAUUCAUCUCCUAGCUUAUCAAUGGAAAGCUCUGUGGCUACUCAAAUCAAUCACAAUCCAUGUUCUCCGUCUCCUUCACUUUACUCUCUAUCCUCGCCAGAAAGACCUUUUCAGGUGAUCCAUGAUCCAUAUAUGGAAUCUCGAUCAAGACCAAGCAGCAAAGCUUCAAGCCAAUUAAGCAGUAAGAGGAAUUCUCGGUCCCCUUCAAUCUGUUCAUCUCUUUCCUCGCCGCAAAAUGGAGAUCUCGAGUCUUACAAUAGGAGUUCUCCAGCUCCAUUUAGCGCGUCUCCUCUCUCUUCCCCAGAACCUCUUAAGAAGCUCCCAGAUUCAUCACCGACAAAAAUGAGCCUAGCCAUUCCUCCACCACCUCCUCCAUACCCUGCUCUAGCAUACCCUGCUCCAGCAUACCCGCCCCCACCACCCCCACCACCACUUCCACUUCCAAAACAGUACGAAAGUCCAGUUUCUGCUAAACCAACUUUCAACCACCCACCACCUCUAGUCACUACACCUUCAAGACCCAUUUCAAACUUCAGUCCGUCAUCCAUAUCUCCACUUGAGCUGCCUCCAAGUUCAGAAACUACUACAGAUCAGAAAAACGAAGAAACCCCAAAACCAAAGUUGAAGCCGUUGCACUGGGAUAAAGUGAGAGCAAGUUCUGAUCGUGAGAUGGUGUGGGAUCAGCUGAAAUCAAGUUCCUUUAAAUUAAACGAAGAGAUGAUUGAAACGUUGUUCGUGGUAAAGACACCUAAUUCGAAUGGAAAGGAGGUUUCUCCCAGGCCAAUGCUGCCUCAACCAAACCAAGAGAAUAGGGUUUUAGAUCCAAAGAAGGCUCAGAACAUUGCCAUCUCACUCAGGGCACUUAAUGUCACCAUUGAGGAAGUUUGUGAUGCUAUUUCAGAAGGAAAUGCUGAUACACUGGGAACGGAGCUUCUGGAGUGCCUGUUAAAGAUGGCUCCAACAAAGGAGGAAGAGCGUAAGCUGAUGGAAUACCGCGAUGACUCGCCCGUGAAACUUGGCCCAGCCGAGAAAUUUCUAAAAGCCCUUAUUGAGAUACCCUUUGCAUUCAAGAGGAUGGACGCCAUGCUUUACGUAGCCAACUUCGAAUCCGAGGUCGAGUACCUUAAGAAGUCCUUCGAAACUCUAGAGGCAUCAUGUGAAGAACUGAGAACCGGAAGAAUGUUCUUGAAACUUCUAGAAGCCGUGCUGAAAACAGGCAAUCGAAUGAACGUGGGUACAAACCGGGGGGAUGCGCGUGCUUUCAAGCUAGACACACUCCUCAAGCUUGUAGACGUCAAAGGAGCGGAUGGGAAAACAACUCUCUUGCAUUUUGUCGUUCAAGAGAUAGUUAGAACCGAAGGUGCCCGUCUAUCCAUUGGAACUCCGCAUCCGAUCGACGAAAACAAAUGCAGGAAGCUUGGACUGCAAGUAGUUUCGGGUAUAAGCACUGAGCUAAAGAACGUGAAGAAAGCUGCUACCAUGGACUCAGACGUUAUGAGCGGAGAUGUAGCUAAAUUGACUAAAGGAAUUGCAAACAUUGUAGAGAUUGUACGUUUGAACGAAUCAUCAGGCUGUUGUCGGGGCUUCUCUGUAUCAAUGAGUCGGUUCAUGAAGAUGGCGGAGGAAGAGAUGAUAAAGAUUCAAGCACAGGAGAGCGUCGCCCUGUCGCUAGUGAAGGAGAUAACAGAGUACUUUCAUGGUAAUUCGGCCAAGGAAGAAGCUCAUCCUUUUAGAAUCUUCAUGGUGGUAAGAGAUUUCUUGUCUAUUCUUGACCGAGUUUGUAAGGAAGUGGGAACCAUCAAUGAAAAUGAAAGGAUAAACGAAAGAACCAUGAUCAGCUCGGCUCACAAGUUUCCAAUCCCGGUUAACCCAAUGAUGCCGCCAGCCAUAAAUAUCCCUGUUGGAAAUCAAGAAUCACAAUAAUUUCUUGACAAGUGAAGAAGACAUGGGUAUUGAUUUUGUUAGUAUUUAUUUGACUGAGCCAGUAAAAUAAAAUUUGUAUCUUUUUAUUUUUAUUUUUCCUGUGUAUAGGUAUGCAACAAUAUAGUCUUAUAUAGAUAGAUAGAUAUUUAUGAGAAUUAUUAAUUAUUAUUUAUAUAGUCCCUUAUACAUUAAAUAUGUGCCUGACCUAUCUAGAUUAAUGUAGACUUCAUUGCUGUCGGGUUUACAUUGAACUCUGAAAACUAAUGCAUUAAUGAAUGUAAGCAGCUAACGUCUUAGUCUA